AUGCACUGGAAAUUUCUACUGACCAUUUUUGUAUUGGUUUAUAUACCUGCUGUUUACUGCCAAGAACCAGUUAUUGUCGAUGCUAUCUUACCAGAAGUCAAGAAAAUUGGAGAAAGUGGUUUCCUUAACUGUACAGUUGCCAGGAAAGGGACAAAUAUUGUGACUUGGACUCAUGUAACUAAUCAACAACCUCUCAGCCGUGAUGAGACAAUCACUCUAAGUAUCAACAAAAAUAUUGAUGGUCAACCAAAGUUUGAAAUUAAAAAACGUUCUUCUUCAGAUGGUGACCGAAUUACAUACAUGUUGAUAAUCCGAGGUUUGCGAGAGGAUGAUGCAGGGGAUUAUUCAUGUACUAUUGAAAUCCAGGGGAAGAAAAGUCAAGAAUGGCCUUCCACAAUUGGUAAACUGACUGUCCAAGUUCCUCCGAAGGUUCUGACUUCUUUGACAACAACAAGAAUUGAAUCAAAAAUUGGAGAAACACAAGUACUUCGAUGUGAGGCAACAGGAAUUCCUCGUCCAAAUAUCACUUGGGUACGAGCAGAUGGUGAUGCCCUACCAAAUAUGAAAUUCACUCAUCGUGGGAGUGUAUUAAAACUGGACAACAUACGUCGUACAGACCAAGGUGUGUACAGGUGUGUAGCUGAUAAUACUGUUCGUCCACCUGACCAGUAUGAUGUCCAAUUGUUAGUUUUUUCACGUCCCCUUGUACGAUCUGUCCAAAAUACAGUUGGUCAAGCUGCUAAUGGAAAAUAUUCAGCUAAAUUAGAAUGUAAGAUAUCAGCUUAUCCAGAUGCAGUACUGAGAUGGUAUAAAAAGACAAGUCAAGGCAAAAUGCUAAUCAAUGACGAUGACAAAUAUGACAUCCAGAAAUUACAGAGUUCUGAUUUGAAUUUGGGCGAGACAUGGUAUUAUUUGAAAGUGAAGAAUAUCCAAGCGAAUGAUUUUGGUGACUAUUACUGUGAAGGCAGUAACAGUCAAGGCACCGAGUCAACAAGAAUUAUAUUAUUUGAAACCUUUGAAUGUCAAGGACCCAACUGUCCCUCAACUUUCAACAGCCGAGGCUCAAGACUUAAUGCAAUCUUAGCUAUCAUUUUUUUCUUUAGCUAUUGUCUUACAUUUCUUUAA